UGAGCUUUCCUUGCUGGGUUUCUCCCAUCCCUGGAGGUAGGAUAUCUCCUAUUAGCUCCUAUUGUAUAGCCAUCCAUCAUGGGUUUAUCCGACUGGGUGCAUCGCACCAACCUCUCGGUGGCGCGGAGCCCUAUUGGGCGUUGGUUCUUGCUCGAGAACUCCGGCCAUCCCCGCGAACGCAAAGGUGCCUUCUUUUUCACCGAGAUCCGGGCCGGGUUGGCGACUUUCUUCGCCAUGGCCUACAUCAUUAGCGUCAACUCCAAUAUCACGUCCAAGUCGGGGGGUAACUGCGUGUGCCCCGCCGACGACCCCGACAACUGCAACUCGAACACCGACUACCUGAUGUGCGUGCAGGAGAUCAACCGCGAUAUGGUCACGGCGACCGCUGCCAUCUCCGCCCUGGGGACGUUCUUCAUGGGCCUCCUCGCCAACCUCCCCGUCGCCAUCGCCCCCGGAAUGGGCCUUAACGCUUACUUCGCCUACACCGUGGUCGGGUACCACGGACAGGGCAUGAUCCCCUACUCGAUCGCGCUGACGGCGGUGUUCGUGGAGGGCUGGGUCUUCCUGGGACUGACGUUGCUGGGCAUUCGGCAGUGGCUAGCGCGGGCGCUGCCAGCGUCGAUCAAGCUGGCCACGGGUGCCGGAAUCGGAUUGUACUUGACGUUGAUCGGACUGAGUUACAGCGCGGGCAUCGGAUUGGUCACAGGGGCCCAGGACACGCCGAUGGAGCUGGCGGGGUGCUCAGACGCGCUCCGCCAGGAUGGACUGUGCCCGUCGGCGGACAAGAUGCGCAGCCCGACGAUGUGGGUGGGCAUCUUCUGCGGCGGCGUGCUGACGGCGUGUCUGAUGCUGUACCGGGUCAAGGGCGCCGUGAUCAUCGGGAUCCUGUUGGUGUCGAUCAUCAGCUGGCCGCGGCCGACGGCGGUGACCUACUUCCCGCACACGCCGCUGGGCGACAACAUGUUCGACUUCUUCAAGCAAGUGGUGACCUUCCACCCGAUCAAGCGCACGCUCCUCGCCAUGGAGUGGGACCUUACGGGGCACGGGGCCGAGUUCGGCCUGGCGUUCAUCACCUUCCUCUACGUGGACAUCCUCGACACGACGGGCACGCUGUACUCGAUGGCCAAGUUCGCCGGCACGAUCGACGAGCGCACGCAGGACUUCGAAGGCAGCGCCAUGGCCUACAUGGUCGACGCGAUCACCAUCUCGAUCGGCGCGCUGCUGGGCACGCCGCCCGUCGCGGCGUUCGUCGAGAGCGGUGCCGGUAUCUCCGAGGGCGGGCGCACGGGGCUAACGUCGUGCGUCACGGGCUUCUGCUUCUUCAUCGCCGUGUUCUUCGCGCCCAUCUUUGCCUCCAUCCCGCCGUGGGCCACCGGCUGCACGCUGGUGCUUGUGGGCGCGCUGAUGUGCAAGGCCGCCGCGGAGAUCAACUGGCGGUACUAUGGCGACGCUGUCCCCGCCUUCCUGACCAUCGCCAUCAUGCCGUUCACGUACAGUAUCGCGUACGGGCUGAUCGCCGGUAUCCUCAGCUACAUGCUGCUGAACAUGAUCGUGUGGGUGGUGGAGGUCGGGUCCCGGGGCCGUCUGGUGCCGCCCAACAAGCACGAGAAGGACCCCUGGACGUGGCGGAUCGCCGGCGGGUUCUUCCCCCCGUGGCUGCAGCGGUUGUUCCGGGGGAAGAAGGACUUCUGGCGGGGGGACGAGUCGCAGUUCGCGGAGGACGAGUGGCGAGACGGUGAGCCGCGAUUAGGCGAGGUGGUGGUGGAAGAGUCGAUCAACUCGCAGGAGCCUGUGCGGGAGAAGGCGGAACAUCCCAAAGCAUAAUAAUCUUCAUUUGUUGGUUUCUUGGGUAUCUGGAGUCAGGGUCUGUCGUGAUUAGCUUUUUGGUUGGACAUUGUCUCGAACGGUUUCUUUGUUGUCCGUGGUGUAACAGGGGCGACGUUGUACAGGGAAGAUAAUUCCGUUGAUUGGGGAUUGCAUC